AUGGAUGUGAAAGCUUUUUUUUUUCAUCUUGCAUAUCUUUUCCCCCCUUUAAUUGCAGGUCUUUUCCCUGAUGUGGGUGGAGGCUAUUUCUUGCCAAGACUUCCAGGGAAGCUGGGCUAUUUUCUUGCUCUUACAGGAUUUAGGCUGAGAGGAAGAGAUGUCCACACAGCAGGAAUUGCAACUCAUUUUGUAGAAGCAGACAAGAUGGCCUCUCUCGAAAAAGAUUUGAUAGAAUUAAUAUCCCCCACAAAAGCAAAUGUUGCAGGUGUUUUGGAUUCCUAUCAUAAGGAGUCUUUUUUCAGCAAACAGCAUGGAAGAAAUUGUCCAAAACCUGAAGAAGGAUGGAUCUCCUUUUGCACUUGACCAAUUAAAGACAAUUGCUAAAAUGUCCCCAACUUCACUCAAGAUAACUUUACGGCAACUUAACGAGGGAGCUUCUUUGAACCUGCAAGAUGUAUUCACAAUGGAAUAUAGAUUGAGUCAAGCAUGCAUGCGAGGCCAUGACUUCUAUGAAGGUGUCCGAGCAG